AAAGCGCAAGAAAAAAACAAUAAAGCAAAGCAAUUUUAUAUACACACACAUAAAGAGUUAAAGACUAGUCACUAUACGGUCACUACUAUUUACUAGAGAGAGUAUAGUUUUGUUUGUGUAUAUAUGUAGGAGGAAAAAGGGGUCUUUUUCUUCAACCUCGGCCAAUGACCCAUUGAAACGACGCCCAGAAUUUUUAUUUCUACUUUCCUGCUUUUGAGGGACUCGCCGUCUUUGGGGUUCAGUACUGCGCCUUUUGUCUCUGCAUACUGGUGGAUGCAUUAAACAGAGGAGCUUUUACUAAUACAGAGAUUCGUUGCGGAGAUCUUUAAUUCGUGUAAUAAAUUAUCGGGGCAUUUUAAGUGAAAUCUUGUACUGAAACUCUCUCUCUCUCUCUGCCUUUUUCUUCAUACUUUACACUGUUUUGGGUUAACAGACAUCCGCAGCUUCUUCAAUCCGAAAGAGACUUAACGAACAAGAUCUGCCAGAAUUCAGAGUCGCCUUUAGAACAAUACGAAGACAAUGUUGGCUCAGAAGCAAGCAGAGGAAGCAAUAGUGGUCUCCAACUUCACCGAAACAGAGCAUGAUCAAGGCAAGGAAGCCGAAGAGACCCAACUUGACAAUGAAUCUGUACUUAGCGUCAAGAACCUCCUCUGGCAUGGCGGCUCUGCUUGGGAUGCCUGGUUCAGCUGUGCCUCCAAUCAAGUGGCGCAAGUGUUGUUGACACUGCCUUACUCUUUCUCCCAACUGGGUAUGCUAUCAGGGAUCAUACUACAAAUCUUCUAUGGCCUAUUGGGAAGCUGGACUGCAUACCUUAUUAGUGUUCUGUAUGUUGAAUACAGAAGCAGAAAAGAGAAAGAGAACGUUAGCUUCAAGAAUCAUGUGAUACAGUGGUUUGAAGUACUAGAUGGGUUGUUGGGUCCAUACUGGAAGGCAGUGGGUCUAGCCUUCAACUGUACUUUUCUCCUCUUUGGAUCUGUAAUUCAACUAAUAGCCUGUGCAAGUAACAUCUACUACAUCAAUGAUAACUUGGACAAGAGGACGUGGACAUAUAUCUUUGGAGCCUGCUGUGCUACAACAGUAUUCAUUCCUUCCUUUCAUAAUUACCGUAUUUGGUCAUUUCUCGGCCUUGGAAUGACCACUUACACUGCUUGGUACUUGACCAUAGCUGCUGCAGUUCAUGGACAGAAGGAAGGAGUUGUACAUUCUGGACCAAAAAAGCUGGUUCUUUACUUCACCGGCGCCACCAAUAUACUCUACACUUUCGGUGGACACGCUGUUACUGUGGAAAUUAUGCAUGCUAUGUGGAAGCCCCAGAAGUUCAAGUACAUAUACCUGAUGGCUACCCUGUAUGUUUUCACAUUAACGCUUCCCUCAGCUGCCUCCGUUUACUGGGCCUUUGGCGAUGAGUUACUCAACCAUUCAAACGCCUUCUCCCUCCUUCCCAAGUCCGGCUGGCGUGACGCCGCCGUUAUCUUAAUGCUCAUCCACCAGUUUAUUACAUUUGGGUUCGCAUGUACUCCACUGUACUUUGUGUGGGAGAAGGUGAUUGGAAUGCAUGACACAAGGAGCAUAUGUUUAAGAGCAUUGGCAAGGCUGCCUGUGGUGAUUCCAAUAUGGUUCUUGGCCAUUAUCUUCCCCUUCUUUGGGCCAAUCAAUUCUGCUGUUGGUGCUCUUUUGGUUACCUUCACUGUCUAUAUUAUCCCAGCUUUGGCACACAUGCUCACCUACAGAAAAGCCUCUGCCAGACAGAAUGCUGCAGAGAAGCCUCCUCCAUUUUUACCGAGCUGGACAGCCAUGUAUGUGCUUAACAUUUUUAUUGUGGUUUGGGUGUUUGUGGUUGGAUUUGGGUUCGGUGGAUGGGCCAGCAUGACCAACUUUGUGAGGCAAGUGGACACUUUUGGGCUCUUCGCCAAGUGCUAUCAGUGCAAGCCACCUUCGCCAACAGGAACAGGAACCGCACCACCUCUGCAUCACUGAUGAGCCUAAUUGACUCGAAGGGAGCUAUAGCCACGGUUCAGCUGAACGCAGUCUCAUAUUUUUGUAUUAUAGAUGGGGAUGUGCACAAUGUCUUUCCCCUCACUACAUGUGAUCAUGUGUGUUGGAUUUCCUUCUUUUCUUUUUGAUUUUUAUAUGUUAAAUUCAGUUUUUUUUUUUAUAAAUUAGCGUGUUGAAUUUGUGAUGAUUCCUUUGAUAUCAAAAAGGUGUAGGCUAAUUAAAUCAAAUAUAUAUGUUUUAGGGUUUUUCUUUUCUCUCCA